AUGUUGAAAAAGGUGAAAAUCAGCAAAGAGUUCGGAUUGAAGCGGUCGAUCCGUUUGACUUGUCUGAUUUUCGUUUUAUUAAAUUGUUUAGGCCUAACUACUCGGACAAAGUUACUUGCUGCUCUAAGAUUUUUUGCCGGCGGUAGUUACCAACUCGACGUAGGAGGUAACUACACUGUUGGACUCAGCCAACCGUCUGUGUCGCGGGCAAUUCACGAAAUUAUAGACGCCUUUAACACUCCGUUUAUGUUAUACCGUUUCAUUAAAUUUCCGCAAACAAUUGAGGAACUAACAAACAUUCGGCAAAGAUUUUUCAUUAAAUUUGGAUUACCGGGUAUUAUUGGGUGUAUUGACGGCACUCAUGUUUCGAUCGUUACUCCCAUCGAAAACGAACAUUUGUACAUAAAUCGGAAACGGUAUCAUUCUUUAAAUGUCCAAAUUAUUUGUGAUGAAGAACUCAAAAUAACCAAUGUGAAUGCCAGAUUUCCGGGCAGUACCCACGACAGUUUUGUUUGGCAAAAUUCUAAUAUUUUUACUUUUCUGCGGGACCUCCCACGAGAACACAGAGGCAGUUACUAUUUACUAGGCGAGUCUGGAUAUCCCCUUAGAGCGUCCUUAUAUCGGAAGCCAGAAUACGCGCCCUGGGCCGCAAAUAUUCAAGCCCUUGAAGCCGAACACAGUCCCAAAUCGCUUUUAUCGCUCGCAUGGAAAUCAACCAACCAAUUUGUGAUAGAGGAUUGCUGUUUUUUAAAUUAG